UCAGCAUAUCGUGUUGCACUGCAGGACAAUCUGAAAGAAAUAAUGUGACGGACUACGUGCAUUUCCUUUCACUGUAGCCCAAGUGUAGCUCAUGCAUUGCCCAUAUACCGAUAGAGACAUCAGUCUUCUAUGCUGUUAAUUGUUGCUUUCUAAAAGAAGAUGGAUGUUUGGUAGUGUUGUGCACGUUUCUUUGAGGAAGAUUUAUUCCUGCUAUUUUGGUUCCAUAUAUGGUCUGUAUGGACUACAAUCAGAUGUUAUUAUUGAUUGUCGCUGAUAUGCAGUGAGGAUGAGUGGAGUUGGUGAGAACCACUCUGACCCUGGCAGGGCAGAGUCUCGGAAACGCAAAGAAUGUUCCUCAGAACUACUGGGACCCAGCCCCAAGCGGAGCAACGAGAAGCGAAACCGCGAGCACGAGAAUAAGUACAUCGAGGAGCUGGCCGAGCUGAUCUUCGCCAACUUCAGCGACAUCGACAACUUCAACGUCAAGCCUGACAAGUGCGCCAUCCUGAAGGAGACCGUGAAGCAGAUCCGCCAGAUCAAGGAGCAAGAGAAAGCAGCAGCAGCCAAUGAGGAGGAGGUACAGAAGGCUGACGUCUCGUCGACAGGCCAGAGCGUGAUUGACAAAGAUGCCCUGGGACCAAUGAUGUUGGAGGCCCUGGACGGCUUCCUGUUUGUGGUGAACAUGGAGGGGAACAUCGUGUUUGUGUCGGAGAACGUGACGCAGUACCUGCGCUACCACCAGGAGGAGCUGAUGAACACCAGCGUGUACAGCGUGCUGCACGUGGGCGACCACGCCGAGUUCAUCAAGAACCUGCUGCCCAAGAGCCUGGUGAACGGUGUGCCCUGGUCCAGCGACGGUCCGAGGAGGAACAGCCACACAUUCAACUGCCGCAUGCUGGUGAACCCCCACAGCACGGCCAGCCAGGACGAGGCCCAGGAGCACGAGCCGCAGCAGCAGAAAUACGAGACCAUGCAGUGCUUCGCUGUGUCCCAGCCCAAGUCCAUCAAGGAGGAGGGGGAAGACUUCCAGUCGUGUCUGAUCUGUGUGGCUCACAGAGUGCCCAUAAAGGAGAGGCCUAUGCUGCCUACGCACGAGAGUUUCACCACCCGCCAGGACCUGCAAGGGAAGAUCACGUCCCUGGACACCAGCCAGCUGCGGGCGUCCAUGAAGCCGGGCUGGGAGGACCUGGUCAGGAGGUGCAUCCAGAGGUUCCACCUGCAGAACGACGGGGAGAUGUCCUUCGCCAAGCGCCACCAACAGGAAGUGCUGAGACACGGCCAGGCCUUCAGUCCCAUCUACAGGUUCUCCCUGUCUGACGGCACCAUUGUGUCGGCCCACACAAAGAGCAAACUGGUGCGCUCACCCGCCACCAACGAACCCCAACACUACAUGUCCCUGCAUAUUCUACAGAGGGAGCAAUCGGUGUGUGGUAUGGGCCAGGACAUGGGCCCUGGGAGCCAGAGCACAGGGAUAGGCCCCAAGCCCAUGACCUCCACCCCCUCCACGACUCCCCCGACCCCAGGCAGCCUGCCCUGCAGCACCCAGGGCCAGGACACCACAGUCAGCAGCAACAGCACACCCUUCUCCCCUCCCGGAGGCCACCGAGAGCCUCCCAUGCAGGGCUACCGCUACGGCUGCCCCCAGCCUCACGGCCACCACGGGGGCAUGCAGCCGCCCUCACAGGGCCCCAACUGGAGGAUGAGCAGUCCGUCGCGGGGCAGCCCCAGCCCGGCGGGGGUCCCCCACCAGGGCCCGCAGAACUCUAUGCUGUCCCCGAGGCACCGCGUCAGCCCCGUGGGCGCGGGGAGUCCGCGCGUGGCCGGAGGCCUGCACUCGCCCUCCCCCGCGGGGAUGUGCGGGAGCGGGGCGGGCGGCGGAGCCGGAGGUAGCGCCGGCGCAGCUAACAGUCACGCUAACAGCCACAGCUACACCAGCAGCUCCCUGACGGCUCUGCAGGCCCUGAGCGAGUGCCACGGCGUCGGGCACGCCCACGGGCACCCCCACCCCCACGCCAUGGGGUCACCUGACAGGAAGAUGGGCUCACCCGCCGGGGUGACGGCCGGCGCGGGGGUCAACCCUCACAUGAUGUCUAAGAUGGGGGGAGGAGGAGGAGGGGGGGGCGGCGGAGGGGAGACCUUUGGCCCUCAUGGAGAGCCAGGCCCGGGUCAAGGAGACCAGAGACAGACGGACGGCGCCCUCGCUGAGCCCAAAGAGGAGAGGGAGGGGGGCCCCGAAGGCCCGGACGCGCCCAGCCGCCUCCAAGACAGCAAAGGCCACACCAAGCUCCUGCAACUUCUCACCACCAAGUCGGAGCCACUGGAGUUGCCCCUGUCCCCCGGCGCAGGGGACAGCAAGGACCCCCCCGGGGCCAGGGCCCCAGGGCUGGGGGGCUGCCACCCGGGGGGGGGCGGGGGGGCCCACACCACAUCCCUGAAGGAGAAACACAAGAUCCUGCACAGACUGCUCCAGAACAGCACCUCUCCCGUGGACCUGGCGCGGCUGACCGCCGAGGCCACGGGCAAAGAGCUGGGCUCUGAGCAGGCGGGCGCGGCGGCGGGGCCGGAGCUCACCCCCAAACAGGAGCCCCUCAGCCCCAAGAAGAAGGACAACGCGCUGCUGCGCUACCUGCUGGAUAAGGACGACUCCAUGCUGAAGGACAAGUCUGCUAAGCUGGAGCCCGGUGAGGUGAAGGUGGAGGGGGGCAAACACCCCCUGGUCAAGACGGAGAAGCAGGAUACGGGCUACGACCGGGCGGAGCAGUCGUCAGAGCUGGACGACAUCCUGAACGACCUGCAGAGCGCCCAGCCACAGCUGUUCUGUGAGCCGCGGCCAGUGUCCCUGCCCAGUGCCCUGGACAAGCAGAACAUCAUUAACGACAUCCUGCAGAUCAGCGCCAGUGAGGGCAGCCCUGCCAUGGCAACACAGCCGCAGAGAGGCAUGCCCGGCAUGGGGCCAGGCAGUUACGGCGGUCAGAGACCGGGCCAGCCGGGCAGGGGGCUGCCGAUGAGGAGCGUGUCCCUGGACAUGAACAUGCCCUCCCAGCCGCCCGCGGGCCAGUACCCCCCCAUGAGAACCAGCAGCCCCUACACGCUCAUGUCUCAGCAGCAGGGCAUGGUGGGAAACCAUGGCAUGAUGGCCAACCAGGCGACCCUGGUCAACGCAGGUGUGAUGGGUCCUAACGGCCCCAGGCCAGGCAUGCAGCUGCAGGAGGGCUGGGGCCCCCAGGGCCCCCCGAUGGGUGGCUCAGCCUCUGCGCCCCCUCAGGGAGCCCCAGGGCAGCAGGGGCAACUGCAGGCUCGUAUGGGCCCCAACGCUGGCCCCGUGGGCCCCAUGCGGCCCAACAGCCAGCCAGUACCAAGGCAGAUGCUGCAGUCACAGAUGAUGGCAAACGCUGCCCAGUCAGGGAUGGACAUGGGGAUGAUGUCCCACCAGUUCAGCCAGCAGCAGCAGGCACCGCCCAAUCAGACGGCUCCGUGGCCAGACAGCAUGAUGCCCAUCGAGCAGGCACCCUUCGGAAACCAAAACAGGUCUGUGUAUGCGACCCCCCAGGAUGAGGUGAUGUGUGGGCCGGGGCCCGGCCCGGGGCCUGGGGACGGGGGGCCGUCAGACGAGGGGGCCCUGCUGUCCCAGCUCUACACCGUGCUCAAGGACUUUGACGGCCUGGAGGAGAUCGACCGAGCCUUGGGGAUCCCUGCUCUGGUAGGCCAGGGCCAGUCUGUGGAGCCGGAGCACUUUCCCCAGGACCCCUCCAUGCUGAUGGACCAAAAGCCCCCCAUGUACGGCCAGCAGUUCGGGCCCCCGCCCUCUCACAUGGCCCAGCGGGGCUACCCCGGGCCCCUGCAGGAGCCAGGGUUCCACCCUCUGGCAGGCCAGAUGGGCCCGCGGCCCGGCUACCCCAUGCUCAGGAUGCAGGUCAGGCCGGGCCUGAGGCCCGCCGGGGGGGUGCCUAACCAGCCCAACACACUACGGCUGCAGCUCCAACACAGGCUGCAGGCCCAGCAGAACCGUCAGCCCAUCAUGAAUCAGAUGACGAACAUGAACCUACCUCUUAGAUCCAAUGCCCCAAACCAGGGAACCAUCAACGCCCAGAUGCUGGCCCAGCGGCAGAGGGAGCUGCUCAGUAACAACCUGAGGCAGAGGCAGCUGGACCAGCAGAGGCAACUGGACCAGCAGAGGCAGCUGGACCAGCAGAGGCAGCUGGACCAACAGAGGCAGCAGGUCCAGCAGCAGAGGAGCAUGGCGAUGCGCGCCCAGGGCCUCAACCUGCCUCCCAACAUGGCCGCCACGGCCGCCUCGGGCCUUCCAGGGAGCAUGAGCACCCCGCGGAUCCCCCAGGCCAACCCCCAGCAGUUCCCCUACCCGGCCAGCUACGGUACCAGUACAAGCCUGGCGUCCCCCCCUCCCCCCACCAGCCCCUUCUCCUCCCCCAUCUCCCCCGGUCUGCCCUCUCUCCCCCCCAACCCUCAGCUCCACGCCUCCCUGCAUGGUUCCUCCCAGAUGGCUCUGGCCAACCAGGGCAUGGUGGGGAACACAAACAUGAUGGGCGGACAGUUUGGGGCCGUAGUGAGCCCCCAAAUGCAGCACAGUGCCUUUCAGUUCCCCAACUCAGGUAUGAGCCAGCAGACUGACGGAGGUUUCGGGGGGCCCGCCACGCCACAGAGCCCCCUGCUGUCCCCGCGCAUGGCCCACGCCCAGUCCCCCAUGAUGCAGCAGGGCCAGGGCGGAGCCUCGUUCCAGGCCUCCCCAGACAUGAACGGCUGGCCGCAGGGCAGCAUGGGAGCGAACAGCAUGUUUGCGCAGCAACAGUCGCCGUCGCCCCAGUUCGCCCAGCAACCCAACGGCGCCAUGUACAACGGCAACGGCAUGAACCUCAACGUAUCCAUGGCGACCAACGCCAACAGCAUGGGUCCGAUGGCGGGCCAGAUGGGGGUCACCUCCCUGGUGCCUGGGCCCUCGCCUAGCAUGUCAACCAUGGGACAGGAACAGAAAUACUGUUGACCCAUGUGGAGCAUGCAGCCAGCACCUCAAUGCUACAAGCCAGAGUCUGUUGGUUGUUACCCAACAUCCAGCCAACCAACAGGCCUCUGGACCAGCCUGGGCCUGCCCUGACCCAGCGCCCCCAGCCCACCCUCACCCAGCCUGGCCUGGUUUGGCCUCUACAUAGCCCCUCUGAGGGCAUGGGCCAGGACUGAGGACAGGCGGUUGGGGGUGGGGGGGGAAUCAUGGGACUUCUCAAAACGCCUAACCCUGCUCUUGUAGAGGCCCGUGAGCCUGUCUGUCUGUCCAGCUGCAUUCACCGUGGUGUGACUUACUCCAGACAUCCCCUGGGUGGUUCUUCAUGCUGACGGACAGGCAGCGGGGGUGAUCCCUUGUCAGAUGAAUGUAUUCCUCUCAGUGGACUGCGGCCAUUUGCAAUCUCAUCUCAAAUAUGUACACAGUUCUUUUCUCUCCCCCCCCCCCCUUCUUCUUGGCCUCUUCUUCCCGAUCCCCUUCAAAUCCCUCCGUUGCACAAUGGCAGCAAAGUGACUCCAAACUAUGUUUUUGGGGGAUUCUGAGGAGUGAUCUGUAAAUGUUCUGCUGUUUUCACCUUUUUGCUGGUUUUUACCACCUUUUGACUUCUUUUUUUUUUCUUUUACAAGUAGAAUGAAGAUAUUCAUGGUUUGACAACUUAUAAUGAAAUACACUGCAGAAGAAUGGUUUGAGUGAAAAAAUUGUUUGUAUGAUUAGACUUAUUUAGUCAAGAGGUUUAUAGUGUAUUAAAUUAAGUUUUAUUUUUUUAAUUAUUGUAGAUUAUUCUUUAUCACAGUAGCAAGAUUGUGUCUGAAGUGGUUUCAAGUGUGAAAGAGGCACUUUUUAUUCUUUCUGAAAAUACUUCAAAAAUGACCUUGUAAAAAUUGGGUUUUCUUUUGGUCCAGUAGUUUCAGAAAAAAAGAUAUUGAAUUAUCGUAUGGUUUAAGAAAACAAGAUUGCAGAGAGAUUGUACAUAAUAGCAAGAGUUCUCUCCUAUUUAUUC